AUGGCCGAUUUAAUUGCCUUUCAAACAUACCAUCAUAGUAAUCUGCUUCCGCCGUCCUCGACCAUGAUCCCGCGACACGCCCAUAAGCGGUCUCUGUCCUCCGAGCAUCGGGCCCUCUCCCCGGACAGGACUGUGACCAAAGCCAAGUCCACGACCAAUCUCUCCGACGCCGUGAACCAACAGCACCCCAAGUUCGAAGAAAACAACUUCAAUACCUUGCAAGACCCGCGAUUGGUCAUUCCCUCGGAAGUUUCGUCUUCAACGUCAUCGUCUCAUCACCCCGACUUGAGCAAUGAAGUGGCCGCCCUCAGCGUGAAGCUGAUCCAAGCGAUCAACAACCAGACCACUUUGGAUGACAAUCUAGUUGCCACGCGACAAGAGCUGGAGACCGCAUUGGGGAAAAUCCAGGCCCUGGAAUUCCAGAAUGAGAAAUACCGAAAGGAUAUUGCCGAGAAGGUCUAUGUCAAGAAAGCCGAUGCAGAUAUCGAGCUUAUGCGGUUAAGAGGUCUUCUUGCAGAGGAGUGUGCCCAGCGUUCGAAUGCGGAAAAGGCGAAGAAGUCAAUUGAACAGGAGCUGGAGACUCUCACGGCUGAUCUCUUCGAGGAAGCCAACAAGAUGGUUGCCGCAGCUAAGAUCGAGCGUGAAGCGGUCGAGAAAAAGAACGAGCAAUUGCGCUCGCAGAUCAAAGACACAGAAUCCCUUCUCGCAUCGCAUCAAGAUCAAUUAGCAGAGCUUAAAUCGGUCAUACAAGGAAUGCACCUCUCCAGAGAUGACUUGGAUCUCCGAACCAAUGCCUCCACCGCGCCUCCAUCUCCGGCCGGUCCACCACAAUUGUCAGGCUCUUCCAAGCAGGACCUCGAGUUUGAGAAUGCUACUGCACCCAUUUGCAACCCUGAAGAGUUGAUUCCUGGGCCGACUUGCAACUUCCCCGACAUGAUUCGUUUGGUGUGCCGGACUGAUCUGCUGGCCUACGAAGACUUCAAAGAGUUGAUGACGCUUCCACGGAGCUCGAAGCCGCCAAGUCGGGCGGGCAGCGGCUCUUACGCUGGCCUGAAUGUCAUGAGCUUGGCGAGUUUUGCGACUGGUGGAUCCGCCUCGACCACUUCCUCGCCUACUAAGGGCGUCACGCAUUCUCCGAAUGGAAGCCUCUCCUCGCAGACGGGCUCGCAUAUCCCAUUGAAGGAAACACGCUUCUACAAGCGUGUCCUCAUGGAAGAUAUCGAGCCGACAUUGCGACUCGAUCUUGCCCCCGGUAUUUCAUGGCUUACCCGGCGUACAGUUCUGAGUGGUAUCUGUGAAGGUACCCUUGUUGUGGAGCCCAUUCCCCCAGCGAGCAAGAAAUUCGAGUUCCCAUGCUCUGUUUGUGGUGAACGCAGGCCCGGUGCGGAGACCGAGCGUACUCACCGUUUCCGAACCUCAGAUAGCGAGACGGCCCAGCGGUACUCUCUGUGCAUUCAGUGUCUGGAACGUGUUCGUUCAUGCUGUGAGUUCACUGGCUAUCUGCGCCUGAUCCUCGACGGCCAUCUUCGCGCAGGUGAUGUCGAUGAGGAGAAGGAGAUUUGGGAAGAGACUAUCCGUUUACGGGAACGCAUGUUCUGGUCUCGCAUCGCAGGUGGCAUCGUUCCGUUGGUCGCCGCACCCGUCGAAUCGCGAUCGGAUCCAGAAAUCACAGAGACGAGCAUCAGUGUCCCCGAUGAUCACCAUCUGCACCCAGAUAACGCCGUCGUGGACUUGAACCCCGUUGAUGUAUCUCCAAGGUCGGAGAUUCCUCAUAUUUCUCAACCUGUACCCCCCGAAACUGUUGUCCAAGAUCACGAAGUGGCCAAACCUAUGACACCUGAAAUCCCCCAUCUUGAUCGGCAUGGUGUCGAUGACUCUGCUGAUGAAGCGCUGCAAAGACGCGGCUCCGUUGACUCUGAUGUCAGUAUAUAUGAAGAGGCUAAUGCGGAAGUCGCUGACGGCAGUGAGGAGACUGUCACUGGGCAGAUUUCGGCUACCCAUGAAAACGAAGACACCGAGGCGAGCUCUGAAACCAUGACUCCUGUCAAUGAGCCGCACACACCUACUCAAGAGCAGGAGCCCGAAGUCAAGGCUGACAUUACGGAGCCUGUCGUCCAGCCACCGACGCCCACUCAUGAAGUCGAAGGCACCGAAGCCAACGUCGACGCUGUGGAGACUAUUGCUGAGCAGGCGUCGUCUACGCCCGAGCAAGGAAAGACCGAAGCCAACGGCCGAAGCAGCUCAUAA